AUGGCACAGACUGCAGUAUCAGACAUCCUCAGGUCGGCCUCGCUGGACUUGGCCCCCUAUGAGGACCUCUACAGGUACUUCCAUGCCCACCCCGAGCUCUCGCUCCAAGAGGAAUCCACCUCUCAAACAAUCGCCGCCAAGUUAUCCGAACUACAUGCCUUUGACAUCCACACCAACAUCGGCGGCUUCGGUCUCGCUGGUGUCCUCAGAAAUGGGCCCGGCAAGACCGUCCUCCUCCGGGCAGACAUGGACGCCCUCCCAGUGAAAGAAAUCACCGGCCUCUCCUACGCCAGCACCGUCACAAUGCGCGAUGCCGACGGCGUAGAGAAGCCCGUCAUGCACGCCUGCGGCCACGACAUGCAUAUAACCUGUCUCCUCGCCGCAGCAGAGAAACUGGUCCGUCUCCGCGACAGCUGGUCAGGGACCCUCAUCGUCGUCUUCCAGCCGAACGAGGAGCGCGGCGCCGGCGCCCAGGCUAUGGUCAAUGACGGUCUGUAUGAUAAGAUCCCCAUCCCGGACUAUGCCUUUGGGCAGCACGUCAUGCGGCUGCGCGCGGGGACGAUCGGGUCCCGCUUCGGCACUAUCAUGGCUGCGGCGGAUAGUAUGAAGAUUACGGUCUUUGGGCGCGGGGGGCAUGGCUCGUUGCCGCAUCAUACUAUUGACCCGGUGCUGCUGGCGGCGCAUAUUGUUGUCCGAUUGCAGGGCAUUGUCAGUCGGGAGGUGGAUCCGUCGGACUUGGGUGUUUUGACGGUGGGCAGUCUCCAGGCGGGCCAGACGGAGAAUAUCAUUGCGGACCGCGCGGAUAUUGGCAUUGAUUUCCGCAGUGUGAAGCUUGAGACGCGCGAGAAGAUUAUUGCUUCUGUGAAGAGGAUUGUCGAGGCUGAGUGUGUGGCUAGUGGAUCGCCGAAGAAGCCGAUUUUUACGCCCACGAGGCGCUUUCCGCCGACGGUGAAUGAGGAUGCGCUUGCGGCGACGCUGAAGAAGGAGUUUGGGGAGUAUUUUGGAGAGGCCUUUGAUGGGGAUACACCGAGGACGAAUGUUAGCGAGGACUUUUCGACGCUGGCGACGUGUCGGGAUAUCCCGUGUAGCUUUUGGUUUCUGGGCGGGAUUGAUGAGAAGCUUUGGGAUGAGGCAAGUGUCAAGGGGACCACGGAGGAAAUUGCUGGGAAUCAUUCUGCGCUGUUUGCGCCGGUCAUUCAGCCGACUAUGCGCGUUGGUGUGGAUGCCUUGUGUGUUGCUGCUUUGAGCUAUCUGAAGUGA